AUGUCUCAAAAGUUGAAGAUGGCAGAAUACGCUCAAUUGGAACCAUAUCAGUUCAGACAGCUUUGUCGAGACGCAAAACAUACCUCCCACACGUCUGGUGCCUGUGAAAAAUAUGCCCAGGCCAAUCUUAUAGUGCUCCCAAAAGAGUACGCAAACGAUUUCAUUAACCUGUGCCUUCGUAACCCAGUACCAUGCCCACUGCUAUGCCAAACCCCAGUUGGUGACCCUUUUACAGUAGACGACUCAAGGUAUCUCCAGAAAGGUUUUGACCUGAGAACUGAUUUUCCCUCGUACAACAUUUACGAAAAUGGGGAGCUGAGACUAACCAAAACAGAUGUCAUGGAUGAAUGGUCUAGUAACCAUAUAGGGUUCCUAAUUGGCUGCUCACAUUCCUUUGAACAUGAACUUUGUGAGAAUGGACUAAUUCCUAGGCAUCUAACACUUGGACGAGGAGUGCCUGUUUACAAGACCACCAAAAACCUUGAUCCGGCAGGUGUAUUCAUUAAUUGCACGUAUGUUGUCAGUAUGCGUCCCUACAAACCAGAAGAUGUGCCAAAAGUUCGUAAGAUUACUUCAAGAUUUAGAAAAACACAUGGAGAGCCAAUUGACUGGGGUUACGAUGGAGCAGAGAGACUAGGAAUUCCUGACUUGAAACGCCCAGAUUUCGGUGGGCAACCUGUCAUUCAUGACAAUGAGAUUCCUGUGUUCUGGGGAUGUGGGGUGACACCUCAGCUGGUAGUGAUGCAGCAAAAGGAGAAAAUCAGGGGCCCUGUUAUCUCUCAUACUACGGGUGCGAUGUUGACGUUGGACAUUACCAGCGAGCACAUAAAACGUUUAGGAUGA